AAAAACCCCACUGUCCUGAGAGAAGCGCGAUCAAUCAAAUCACUGGACGUACAAAUUCAUAGAGAACUGUUAAACUAAUAGAGUUAGUUCAGUCAGGGGGUUAGACUAGACCAUCCAUUGGACAUAUUCGAAUACCUGAUACCGUCCCGCAUAAACACGAAGCGAGCGCAAAUAAAUUUGUUGGUUAACACUAGCUUGUGGAAAAAAUAUCGGCAGUUGGAUAUUGUCAAAAGACUAGUGUAUAUCUGACCAUAUCAGAUUCUCUAAGAUGUCGCAUUGGAUACUUUACUGCACUAUAAUAGUAGUAUGUUCACGGCUUACAAAUGCUGAUACUCCUGCUAAUUGUACUUACGAAGAUGCACGUGGUCAGUGGAUGUUUCAUGUUGGUGAUUACCAACUUCAAUGUCCUGAAAAUUUAAAAUCGAAACAUUCUGUUGUUGUCGAUCUCUUAUACCCCGAUAUCGCUGUUGAUCAGUUCGGAAACAGGGGACACUGGACUCUAAUCUAUAAUCAAGGGUUUGAAGUAACAAUAAACCAUCGCAAAUGGCUAGUUAUGUUCGCCUAUAAGCCAAGUGGAGAAUUCAGUUGCCAUAAAUCUAUGCCAAUGUGGACGCAUGACACUUUAAUUCGACAAUGGAAGUGUUUUGUAGCGAAUAAAAUUGGAGUACCUGAUAACUUUCAGAAUAAUGAAUUAUUUAGUUCAAAAAGUUCUGGUCAAACUCUCUAUCGCGUUAGCCCCUCGUUUGUUGACAGAAUAAAUGCACAUCAAACAUCUUGGCGAGCAGAAAUUUAUCCAAAAUUAUUAACCUAUACAUUAGAUCAACUCAGAAAUCGAGCUGGUGGUAUAAAGUCUAGGGUUUCUAGACCUCCAAUACAAAAUGCAAAAAAUCCAUCAAAAGAACUGCUGUCAUUAACUAAAAAUCUUCCGUUGGAAUUUGACUGGACUAAUCCACCAGAUGGUUCUAGAAGUCCAGUUACACCGGUUCGUGACCAAGAAUCAUGUGGAAGUUGUUAUGCAUUCGCGUCAGCUGCUGCACUCGAAGCUCGUAUUCGUUUGGUUAGUAAUUUUACUGAACAACCUAUUAUAUCUCCUCAAGCUGUACUUGAUUGUAGCCCUUAUUCUGAAGGAUGCAAUGGAGGUUUUCCUUACUUAAUUGCUGGUAAAUACGGUGAAGAUUUUGGAUUUGUUUCAGAACAAUGUGAUCCAUACACCGGUGAUGAUGGGAAUAAGUGUACUGUACCAAAAAAUUGUACACGUUAUUAUACAACAGAUUAUGGUUAUAUUGGUGGUUAUUAUGGUGCGACAAAUGAAGAAUUAAUGAAAUUAGAACUUGUUAAUAAUGGUCCAUUUCCUGUCGGUUUUGAAGUGUAUGAUGAUUUUCAACUGUACAGGGCAGGUAUCUAUCAUCAUACAAAUAUUCAAAAUGAUCAAUACACUUUCAAUCCAUUCGAAUUAACUAAUCAUGCUGUUCUGUUAGUUGGUUAUGGUGUAGACAAAUCAUCCGGUGAAUUAUAUUGGAAAAUAAAAAAUAGUUGGGGUCCAGAAUGGGGUGAACAAGGCUAUUUUCGAAUACGUCGUGGUACCGAUGAAUGUGGUAUCGAAAGUUUAGGUGUACGUUUUGAUCCAGUAUUGUAAAAAUUCAUUGUAUGACUAUUAUUAUUUUUGUUUCUUUCUUGUUUGUGGUGCGAAAAUGUAAUAAUCGAUAUUU